AUGCGCGCCAUUGGCAGGAAGGGCGACGUCAGCGAGGGCAGCGGAGAGAACGGCAGCGGAGUGGGACAGAGGGUAGCAGAGGCGAGGAUUGCCGCGCUGAUCAUCCUCAACGACGCCACGCGCGCCGAGGAGGCGGGCGACGCUCCUACUGCGCUCUCGCUUUACGAGUCUGGCGUGCAGGCGCUGCUCGCCUCCAUCAGGUGCGAGGUCGACGCGGGCGUCGCGCAGAGCAUGCGGAGCAAAGCGGCAGAAUGUCUCGAGCGCGCCGAGGCGCUCAAGCGCCGCGCCGGCCCUUCGAGAAGCAACAGCACGCGCACGCUGCAGCGGAGGCCGGCGCCGCUGCCUCCGAGGCCGGCGCCGCUGCCUCGGAGGGGAGGUGGCGGCCCUUCGGCGUCGCUGCCGGGUCCUUCGGCGGCGCGGCCCGUGGAGAAGGGGUCCGACGAGGCCGCAGCAGCGGUGGAGGGCGCCAUCUUGAGCGAGAAGCCGGAUGUGAGGCUGGCGGACGCCAAGGCGGCGCUGCACGAGGCAGCGGUGCUGCCGAUCCGGUUCCCCGACCUGUUCACUGGCGCGCGGCAGCCGUGGCGCGGCGUGCUGCUCUACGGCCCCUCGCCCGGCGGGCGGCUCGGACCCCGGUGCCGGCCUUCCCGGAGUUUUCCUCGGAAGCUUCCCGUAGGCCCUCCUGGGACGGGAAAGUCACAUCUCGCCAAGGCGGUCGCUACGGAGGUGGCCGCGACCUUCUUCUCCGUCUCCUCCUCGGACUUGGUGUCCAAGUGGGUGGGCGAGAGCGAGAAGCAGGUGCGAGCGCUCUUCGAGUCGGCGGAGCGGCGGAAGCCCGCCAUCAUCUUCAUCGACGAGGUGGACGCGCUCGCCUCUGCUCGCAGCGAAAACGAGGCCGAGGCGUCGCGCCGGCUGAAGAACGAGCUGCUUGUGCGGAUGAGCGGGGUGGGGCAGGGCGUGCUCGUGCUGGGCGCGACCAACGUGCCGUGGGAGAUCCGCCCUAGACGCCGCAAGAUCGCUGCGGGAUCGCACCCUCUGCGGCGCACCGCCGGACUCUCCGGCGCAGACCUGUCCGUGCUGGUCCGCGACGCGCUGAUGGCGCCGCUGCGCGAGCUGCAGAGCGCGACACACUUCCGCCAGCUCACCGACGGCUGCUGGGCGCCGUGCAAGCCGAGCGAGCGCGGCGCCAAGAAGCUGUCGUUGCUCGAGGUGCCUGCGCAGGCGCUGCGCACGCCUCCGGUGACGCACGCGCACUUUGACGCCGCCGUCGAGAGGUGUCGCCCCACCGUGGCGCAGAGUGAGCUUGCCAGACACGAGCAGUUCACACGAGAGUUCGGAGCCGGCAACGCGGUGUGAUGUGGUGCGUGGCACUUUCUGUGACGUGUGUGAGGGGGACACUCCGGGCGCAGCCGUCACCGUUAUGUUCGCGCAACGCGCACGGCGCAAAAGGUCCACAAAGCGCGCGAGUGACGAGUGCGCCCCCCCGAUGUGUUGGUGAGUUUACGGAUAUACAGAUCAGUACGCAUA